AUCUGGCAUCAUUCCUUCUACAACGAGCUGCGCGUUGCUCCAGAAGAACAUCCGACGCUGCUGACUGAAGCUCCGCUCAACCCCAAAGCCAACCGGGAGAAGAUGACCCAGAUCAUGUUUGAGACCUUCAACGUGCCGGCCAUGUACGUGGCCAUCCAGGCCGUCCUGUCCCUCUACGCCUCCGGACGCACCACAGGCAUCGUGCUGGACUCUGGAGACGGAGUGACUCACAACGUUCCCAUCUACGAGGGUUACGCUCUGCCUCACGCCAUCAUGAGGUUGGACCUGGCGGGUCGAGACCUCACCGACUACCUCAUGAAGAUCCUGACUGAGAGGGGCUACAGCUUCGUCACCACCGCUGAGAGGGAAAUCGUGCGGGACAUUAAGGAGAAGCUGUGUUACGUGGCUCUGGACUUUGAGAACGAGAUGGGAACAGCAGCCACCUCUUCUUCUCUGGAGAAGAGCUACGAGCUUCCUGAUGGACAGGUCAUCACCAUCGGCAACGAGAGGUUCCGCUGCCCCGAGACCCUGUUCCAGCCCUCCUUCAUCGGUAUGGAGUCAGCAGGGAUCCAUGAGACGACCUACAACAGCAUCAUGAAGUGUGACAUCGACAUCCGUAAAGAUCUGUAUGCUAACAACGUUCUGUCAGGAGGAACCACCAUGUACCCCGGCAUCGCUGACCGCAUGCAGAAAGAGAUCACUGCUCUGGCUCCAGCCAUGAAGAUCAAGAUCAUCGCCCCCCCAGAGAGGAAGUACUCUGUGUGGAUCGGCGGCUCCAUCCUGGCCUCUCUGUCCACCUUCCAGCAGAUGUGGAUCAGCAAGCAGGAGUACGACGAGGCCGGACCCUCCAUCGUCCACCGCAAGUGCUUCUAGACAGACCCCCCCCCCCCCUCUCCAGCGCCCCCCUCCUACGGGUUCUGGGUUCAGCACGUUCUUAUUUUAGCCCCCGCCAGCACCAGCUAACAGGUCCCAGAUCAGUUCCACAAAAACAUCCACAGCAGGAAGAAGUCCACGAUGUUUUUGGUAUUCAGGAAGAUGCUAAAAAUCCCUUAUUCAGUAAAAAAAGGAAGUGAUGUCAUCGUUCAGUAAGAAGGAAGUGAUGUCAUCGCUCGUACCUUCAGAUGUUUUUGGUGAACUGAACCUUUAAUUUUUUAAUUUUUCAGAACUUCCAUCAGUCCAAACAUCCUCCCUCUGCUCACCUGUAAAACUGUGAAUGUGGCCCUUGUCCUCCACUUUUUACCCCACCUGUAACCCCUCCUCCAACCCCCCCCCCCCCCCCCCCACACCAUCUGUGCCCCCCCCCUCCCCCCUCCAUGUUGGUACUGUUUCUUUUAAAAAGUGUGUUUUUAUUUUUGAUGAAUAAAGCUUGAACGCUGCCCGCUGGUGUUAUCUUCCGUUGUUGGAGCGCUGUCACACGGUGCAUGAUGAUGUCACACGGUGCAUGAUGAUGUCACACGGUGCAUGAUGAUGUCACAGCUGUUGAACUGUGGGUAGGUGGACAGGAGGCGUGGCCUCACGGUGCUGUCAGUCAAACGUGUAAAAGAAGUGAAAGAGGGUCGUGAUGUGAUGGAGGAGAGAAGUGAUUGGCCAGGAAGACAAUAAAGAGCUCUCAUAC